UUUAGUAAUAUAUGUAUAUAUAUAUAUAUAUAUACCUCUUCUUUUUUUAUAAACAUCGUCAUAGACGUAAAGAAGUAAAAACAUAUCCAAAGAGUGCAAGAAAGCUCCUCCAAUGGCGAGUUUAAACUCUUCUUUCCCUCCUCUUUUCGAAAGGAUCUCACACAAAAGCUAUUUCUUAAGAGCUGUGGAUCUCACAAUUCUCGGCCUUCUCUUUUCUCUUCUCUUGUAUCGAAUCUUACAUAUGAGCCAAAACGACAACGUUUGGCUCGUUGCUUUGAUCUGUGAAUCUUUGUUCUCGUUCAUGUGGCUGAUUAUAACCUGCAUUAGAUGGAGUCCUGCUGAAGAUAAACCCUAUCCAAAUAGACUUAACGAAAGGGGUCAUGACCUUCCUUCAGUACUUUCGCUGUUAGCUUUGAAUUAUCCGGCGGGUAAACUAGCAUGUUAUGUGUCGGACGAUGGAUGUUCACCUCUCACUUACUUUUCUCUAAAGGAAGCUUCUAAGUUUGCCAAGAUUUGGAUUCCUUUCUGCAAAAAAUAUGGCGUUGGAGUUAGAGCUCCUUUUAGAUAUUUUUUAAACCCUUUGGUCGCAGCAGAAGAUUCAGAAUUCAGUAAAGACUGGGAAAUGAUAAAGAGGGAGUAUGAGACUUUAAGCCGGAAAGUAAACGAUGCCACCGGCGAUUCCCAUUGGUUGGAUGCAGACGAUGCUUUCUCAAACACAAAACCAAAUGAUCAUUCAACAAUAGUUAAGGUGGUAUGGGAGAACAAGGGAGGUGUGGGAGACGAGAAAGAAGUCCCUCAUCUUUUAAGAGUGUCGGGAUUGAUGACGAAUGCACCAUACAUGUUGCACGUAGAUUGCGACAUGUAUGCCAAUGAAGCAGAUGUGGUGCGACAAGCGAUGUGUGUAUUUUUACAAAAAUCAAACAUUUCAAACCAUUGUGCUUUUGUUCAGUUCCCUCAAGAUUUCUACGAUUCGAACACCAACGAAUUCUCCGUCUUACAAUCAUAUAUGGGACGAGGAGUUGCGGGAAUCCAAGGAACGAUAUAUUGUGGCUCAGGAUGCUUCCACACUAGAAGAGUUAUGUACGGUUUAUCUCCGGGCGAUUUAGACGACAACGGAAAUCUUUCGUCGGUUGCUACAAGGGAGUUUUUGGAUGAAGAUAGUUUAGCAAGAAAAUAUGGGAAUUCUAGAGAAAUGGUGAAAUCGAUGGUGGAGGCAUUACAAAGAAAAUCAAAUCCUCAAAAUACACUUGCAAAUUCCAUAGAAGCGGCUCACGAAGUGGGGAAUUGUCACUACGAGUACCAAUCCAGUUGGGGCAAAACCCUAGGUUGUUUACACGAUUCAGUCGCGGAAGAUAUCAACACGAGUAUUGGAAUCCAUUUUAGAGGAUGGACUAGCUCAUACAUUUGUCCUGAUCCACCUGCAUUUCUUGGAUCUGCACCAUCGAUAGGAUUGGAGACGAUAGUCCAGCAGCCGCGAUGGGGCACGGGAAUUAUCGAAAUCAAUCCUUGA